AUGGUCAAGAUUCAGCUGCAGGAGCAAGGGACCGAUGGGGGUGCUUUUGCCAGCAUCUCCUGUGCCCACGUCAUCGCCAGUGCAGGGACAAAAAAAAAAAAAAAAAAAAAAAAAAGCGCCGCGACAUUUGGGGCAGGCUGGGCCCUGCAGAGAAAGGUCCUCUAUGGAGGGAGAAAAGCAAAGGAGUUGGACACUUUCCUUGUCAUCCCAAAAAAAAAAAAAAAAAAAAAAAAAGCCUGGAAUGGCAGUGCCGAGGGUCCAGGCAAGGAAAAAAAAAAAAAAAAAAAAAAAAAGACAUCAGGGAUCCCAGUGAGGAGCCAGGGGGCAAAAAAAAAAAAAAAAAAAAAAAAAAACGGAGACCGAGGAGGGAGCCGCACCGCGCUGCCAAAAAAAAAAAAAAAAAAAAAAAAAUGCCACCGCAAUGGAGGGCGCUCGGCCUCCACCUCCGGAGUCCGGCAGGAAAAAAAAAAAAAAAAAAAAAAAAACAGCCAGCCCAGGGAUGCCCCGAGCCAGCCCCACCCCGCGCUGCCGCUGCCGCUGCCCCUGCCGCCCCUGCCGCCCCAGCCGGCCCGCGAACGCGACGGGAAGCUGCUGGAGGAAAAAAAAAAAAAAAAAAAAAAAAACAAGGAGAUCAAGGCGCGCCACCGCCCGGACCGAAAAAAAAAAAAAAAAAAAAAAAAAACUAUCCUCCCCAGCUGGCGGCGGGGGCCCGAGCCAAAAAAAAAAAAAAAAAAAAAAAAACGCCGGCAGCACACGGUCCUCUGGGACACCCCCCUCACAUGGCCACUUCUCUUCGGCUUUGCAUGA